AUGCAGAUAAUUAUCAAUUUCUGCCUAAUAGCAGUAGUGCAACAGUUACGUCUGUCUGCUUCUUCUAAUCCGCACAGUGGCACAACCGAAACAUCGCAUGAGAAAACCAUCGACUCGGCUGCAUCUACGGAGUCUAACAUCAACUUCAAAGCGAAUAAAAUAGUCACUGGUCUGGAAUACCUCGGUAGCGGUUAUGAUGCCGUAAAGGCAAACACAUUGGGUAACCUAGAACACGGUGAGGAUUUGGGCCAUCGGGCCCCUAUCGUGGAUUUCUACUGGGCCCGAUCAGAUGUUGGGGUGACCAACAGUCUGGAGUGGUUGCAGCCUUUAGGUGGUUGGGUUAGACCUAUAAUAGCGUGUGGAGAAUAUGAAACGGUAACCGAGGGCACAAACUCAAGCAUCAACGAAGAUGUAGUGCAGCUCAACGCCAAAGGCGAUGCCACCUUACAAGCAGGCGGGAACGGUAGUAUUGAUGUCGCUUAUGAUAAAGCGUCCAAGACAAACGUGAAUAAAUCGAGCAAGGUUCACAAAAACUCGUAUUACUGCUUUACAUACGCCGCCGGCAUGCCGCCGUAUCUCAACUGGAAUACUACUGAGGAGUUUCAGGCGGAGUUGGAAGAAUUGCCAGCAACAGUUAAAGAGUUCGAGAAUUGCACCGUCAAGCUGUUUAAAAACAAAGCAAAGGUCUGUGAGGGCAUGUCCAAGUGGGUGGAAUUCUUCUCCCUAUUCGGAACACACGUAACGACGGAGAUUCACUUAGGCAUGUUUGCAGUCGUAAAUUCGAUCAUUUGCCGUUCAGGUGGCAAAAUCACGCGUAUCCUAACCGCGCCAUCGGACGCAGUGGAAUCCUUUUCAAAAUCGGGAUUAGAUGUCAACGCAGCGGUGGGUGCCAUAAUCUCAGGAGCCCUCGUAGAUGCGAAAGCGGGUUUAAAAUCAUCGGAGCAAGAUGCCCUGCAGGAAUUCAGCGAUUCGUGUGAUUUGAGGUUCAGCGUGCUUGGAGGGAUCCAUGUUAGCAAGAACGUUACACCGCAAUCGCUCUUGAAGUGGCGUGCAACGGUACCGCUAUUUCCCAUGCCGAUACGUAUCGUGGUCACUCCUAUAGAUACGUUCAUAAAAAAGAAAUACAAGAACGCGUACCGUGAAGCCUUCAACUUUUACGUGGAACUUAGUGGUGCUCUUCCGUGGGUCGUUCAGCAGCACAAUGGUAUCGAUUUCAACGUGAAAACAAUGCUUAAUUCGUCUUAUCCGCUCGCUGUAGGAUCUAAAAGUGGCAAGCCACCCUGUAUUGAAUGCCCUAACCAUACCAGGAUUCUAUUCGGUUUCAUCAUGGAGAAGGAUGAUGCAAAAAAGACUACUACGUUAUACCGGUGUCUGUCAAAUAGUUCAUCUUGCUUCCGAGAACAGAAUACGGCGAGUCAGAUGACCAUAUGGGCAUUGUGCGGGAAUUCCAUGGGCCUAAGCAUUGCGCAGUAUGCAAUGAACUUCGAAUCGUCGGCAAAGGAGAAGGCUGUCAAAUGCAAAGCCGGUUUUACCCUCCUCACGGGCUUCAUUUUAGAAACGUUGCCCGAUCAAAAGCACUACAUAAAGUCUGCCACUCCGUGCAACACAGGAUCAGACACGUGCCGCACCGACUCUCAGUUGGAAACCCGUAUAUGGGCGGUAUGCGUGGAUAAACGUUUUCCUGGAAUGGAGGUAGUGUUGCCUCUACCUGCGUAUGACUAUUUACAGAAUGUGACUACGUUGGCCAAAUCAACGGAGAUUUCCACAAGGGACGUACUCGGGAAGGAAUUGCGAAUUCUAACAGGUGUGCUGACAAUAUUCAUAAAUAUCCCUAUCUGUCACGGCGAGUCGCUGCAUAUUGACACGUGCGAGCGUUAUACUAAAGGUUGCUCGUUGACUAAGGAGUCAAACGGAAGCUGUAAAUCAUUAGCAUGGGGCAUAUUCUUGAAAACAUAA